AUAUCCACUAAGGCCAUAGCAAGAAAAUUAUCUGUACUGACUUCGCAUACUGUAAGCGAUUCCCAGAAGUCGGUUAAAGCUUGAGAACCAAAAAUGGCAGCGAGCAGGGCUGUGUUGCGUUCUGCAUCAAUAUUCUUAACGGAGCCAUCGCGACCCUUCCACUUCAGCCGUGCUUCUUCUUCCUUCUCGCUCGGAACUAGGCGAUCCUUCACUCACAGAUUGAAUUGCAAUGUCUGGAGUUCUAGGGUUCGGGGAUUUCACUUUCCUGAACGAACUGUUCUGAAUUGCUCGCUCGACGAGACACAACUGACGUCGUCGUCUGAUCAGGACGGCCAGGGCCCUCCUCAGGAGGCUGUUUUGAAGGCAAUUUCAGAGGUAUCUAAGACAGAAGGGAGGGUUGGGCAUACCACAAAUAUGGUACUCGGAGGAACAGUGACUGAUGAUUCUACUAACGAAUGGAUUGCUUUGGAUCAAAAGGUUAACUCGUACCCGGGCGUUAGAGGCUUUACAGCAAUCGGAACUGGGGGAGAUGAUUUUGUGCAAUCUAUGGUUGUCGCCGUGGAGUCUGUCAUCCAACAGCCAAUUCCUGAGGGCAAGGUGAGGCAUAAAUUAUCAGCCAAAGGAAAGUACGUUUCGGUAAACAUAGGACCAGUUCAAGUAAUUUCCAGUGAGCAGGUUCAAGCCGUAUACAACGCAAUGAAGAGAGACGACCGUAUGAAAUACUUUCUAUAGCUUUCUUUUCGACAUUUACGUGUUCAAUUCCAUGUAACUAAUCACACUCUUAUUCCUCUUUAAUCUCCCUAAUUUAACUUAAUCUUUGCUUA